AUUUGCAGCGAUGUAUUGAAACGGACCAAUCCCCGUCCUCGUUUCACAUACUUGCCCAGACAUGUUCCAUUUCUGCCUCUACCUCCUACCGGGUCCACGUGUCGACUGUCGAUAGAGAUGUAACCUGUUGACCAAGACGAUGGAUGUGUCAACCUCAGAAAUAUCGUUCGGAGGGGGAUCUGUGCUUUUCUCCUGGGACCUACUGAACGAACAGCCCCGGAUAUACAGAUGUAGCGCUACCUUUUCUGUCAGCAAUAAGCUGAAAAAGAAGACCAGAAAGCGGAAGGCCAAGGAAGAGCCAGGCGAAGGAAUCGAAGCGAAUGGCUCACAAAAGAAACGUGAACGACUUGGGACCCAAGAAGAUGUUGACACGUCUGUCAACCUCCGGUCCACGUCGAGAGUUCCAUCCGUGGGCGAGCACUGGGAGGUGGACAGUGGCUUCUCCUCGGAGGCGAGCCCACCCAACAGCGGCCGCUGCUCGCCCUGCGUCGCUGCCGGCUGCUCCGCCAGAGUUGUGGCCGUUGACUGUGAGAUGGUGGGCACUGGCCCCGGGGGUCGGCGCAGCGAGCUGGCACGGUGUAGUGUUUUGAACUAUGAUGGUGAAGUACUGUAUGAUCAGUACAUCCGACCGGAGCGACCCGUCACUAACUACCGCACGCAGUGGAGUGGCAUUAGGAAGGAGCACCUGAACCAUGCUGUUCCUUUCAAAAAGGCCCGGAGUCAGAUUGCUGCAGUCCUGAAAGACAAGGUGGUGAUUGGCCAUGCCCUUCACAAUGACUUUAAGGCCUUGCAGUUCUCUCAUCCUCGCCACCUGAUCCGGGACACCUCGUCAUCACGAGCCCUCAAGCUGUUGGUUGGCGAAGGUUCUACACAUGGGUGCUCACUGAAGUCGCUAUCCCAAAGACUGCUCAGUAGACAUAUUCAGGUUGGAAAGGCUGGCCACUGCUCGGUGGAGGACGCCCAGGCUGCUCUGGACCUCUACAAGCUGGUGGAGCAGAGGUGGGAGCAGCUGUGUGCCGAGGCUGACAGCAAGGACCCCCAGCCUCAACCAUUCCCCUUCCCCUCCCCGACCCCCGCCCCCAACCCAGAGGCGGCCCUCAGCAAAUACAUGUCCGACCAGUACUGGCCCGAUCACAUGGACUGUAGCCAACCCUGAGUUCAGGACGUUGAAAGCACUGCCACAAAUUUGAUUCAAUUGGCUCUGAGUCUGCUGAUUGUAAAUGAGUGCUCAAGACACGUCAACGAAUUACUUACGUGUUGGAGGGAACUGUGGCAGGGCUUUUACUUCUGAACCAGGUUUUUGUCACGUCUGCCACUGAGCUAAAACAUGAGAUGUCUGAUGGCACUGUGUGUCUGAGACACACAUACAAGCACACACAUACACUCAGCAAACAUACUCAUCUGUUUGUGUUUUUGGUGCUGGUGUAUGUGUGUCCUAUAAGGCCAGUGUUCUGUGUAAUGGGUGUUACAGGUGAUAAGACCUUAAACCAAUUUGCAGUUCUGGAUGAUGUUAUGGAUGAAAGUUAAGCACGCACAAAAUUCAGUGAUGUGGCCGUCCAACCUCUAACUUUAUGUGGCGUUUCACCGCACAUUUUCUGUGAUGCGUACUUGGAAAACCAAUGGAUUAACACAUGUUGGAAGUAUUCUCUAUUUCCACCAACCCUGUAGAUGAAUGAAAGAAAUGACCUCUACUUGUGGCCCAGCGCACACAAAUAAUACUAUAACUGAUACUUGAGUUUUUUUAGAAGUGAAGUGUUAAAAUUGAGGGAAACAUAAGUGAUUAUGUACCAAACACUUGGUUAUGUCCAUACUGUGGACUAAAUGUGCAAAUGAAGAGUUUAUUUGCAAAACGGUGUAUCUCCAUUUUGUAGAAUGUUGGGAAAUUGACAUUUUUGUAGUGGGCAUUCUAUUGCAUU